CACUGUUGUAGAAAAGUAAAAAAUAUUUCAUGUGAAGUAGUGAUUAAAAUAUUUUGGAAACGUUAAACUCUGUAACGUGUAAUUUUUGAAUAGGUUUUGCCGCCUAAUCUAAAAAUCUUAUAAAAUAUGAAUCACGAAUAUGGAUACACCAUACCAAAUUCAAAUUUCAAUAAUUUGGGUUACCUUAAAGUUGUUGCUAAUAUUAAUGAUAAACAUGAUCGCUCUGCGCCCUCGAAUUAUCAUUGGAAAGUACUCAAAUGCAGAAUGAUAAUCUUUUCUGCUUCGUCGUUGAUGGCGUGUCCAGAUAAAAGUGACCUGAAGGAGGUACACAUUAUUUUCAACAAAUUAGGAAAUGAUUAUGAUCGUUUGACUUCGUUGUUUAUGAAAUUUUCUCUGUCUGAAGCGGGACCAAUCUGCGAAGUAACAUCGGAGAUUUACCAAAUGUGUUUUCAUUACACUAUGUCCGCUAAAAUUGCACCAGCUUGGAAUAUCCUUGGAUAUAAUUAUUUUAUAAACAAUCGAAAUUUUUUAACUGAAACCGGACCUCAAGAUGGAGUUCGAUACAAGAUUGCUAUGCACGAGAGCACACUAACGUUACAGUUGAAACCAGUAAAAAUCCACAUCUUAAAAUAUAAAGGAGAAAAAUAUGGUGAGGGUGAAAAUAUUAGAGUUCUUCCCAGCCUCAAUAAAGGUAUCAUAGAAGAACAUUACGACGCUUUACCAAAGUCUGCUACUUUCAAGUGUUACAAAGACUUGCGACGUCAUUGGAAAAAUAUACAUGGUUACCGUCUGCCCGAAAAUGAGAUUCCAAGUUACUAUACGGUGAGAUUUUGGCGCGGAGACCCGUUGACAUACCCCGCCAUUUGCUUGACAAGAAACUUUCCCAUCAUCACGCCGCUACCAAAACCAUCAGAACGGUUGAUAUUAACGAAUUUUAUCAGUUGUCUAAAAAGUAAGAUGCCAAAUUACCUUGGAAUCCCUCUAACAAUUGAAGCAAAUCACGCCGACAAUUAUUCCGGAAACGUGAAUCAUGAAAUGUCUGAUACGCAAGCAGUGAGCCUUUGCACGCCAACUCAAUAUCAACAGGGCAAUAAUUAAUUAACAAACAAUAAAACAUGAUUAUUUAUUAUUUGAAUGUCAAUUUACUCUUUAAUUAUUAUAUUUU